ACUUCCUUUCUCUUUUGGAAUAAAAGUUAGCUGCCUCCCAUCAAGAUAACACAAAAGAAAAGUCAACCAUGAUGGGCUCAAUAUUCAUUCUUGUUCUUUCCAUGCUACCAAGCCUCGUCUUCCCUGACGAGACCUCCUGUGCCGCAAUAGCAGAGUUGGUGAUGGGAUAUUCGCGGGUCUUCUCCGGGGAGCAGGUCCAACUUAGAUGCGCCAUUCACGAUAAAAAGUCCACCUGGGAUUAUUUGUGGUUCAAGGGAUCUGAGCACCUCCAGCACCACACAGAGGUGUUGACUCUGAAGGGGUCCCUGAGCGACAGUGGACUUUUUCGAUGCCAAGGAGUCAGGAACUCGGCUGUGGGAAACAUAUACACGCUGAAAAGCCCCCCUGUGGAAAUAAAUGUGGACGGAGGUUGGGCCAUCCUCCAAGCCCCGGGGCUUCCCGGCCUCGUCGGAGAGACCUUGAACAUGACCUGUCGCCUCCGCGGCCGUCCUCGACAUCACGAGGUGAUUUUGUACAAGGACGGAGUGGAAGUCGUUCGGCAAAGGGGCUUGAACCCACAACUGAGCUUGCCCGACUUGAGCAGGGAGGAUGAAGGACUUUACACCUGCAGAGUGUCUUGGGAUACCUUCAGGCAGACUUAUUCAGUGAUUUCAAAUGACCUUCCUGUGAAUGUCUCAGAGGUUCUGACACAGCCCGUGCUUGAGAUCAGCCCAGACAACAGCCUGCUUCCAUUGAAUCUGAUGAAGCUCAUUUGCCAUCUCCAGUACAACGCCCGUGCUCCUGCACCUCCCCUAAACUACUAUUUCUACAAGGAUAACAGGCGGCUGGGGCUAUCCACAUCUGAGAACUACAACCUGGUCAAACGGACACCGGGCUUGUACAGCUGCAAGGUCAAGGUUCCCACGCUGGGCCUCUCCAAGUCGAGUGAGGCGGAACAAUUUGAAGAGUGACCAAGACCUGACAGGAACAAAAAAAAUAUAGAUAUAUAUGCCAGAGAUUGGCUGGAGAUGAUCCCUCUAAUUCUUGGUUCAAGAGAUAUUGUAAUACAGGUCCACAUCUCAUGUGUAAGAUGUUCAUUCUAAUUAUGACUAACUGAACAAAGUAAUAAAACAUAUCCAA